CGCCCGGGCCCGGCGGCGGCGUGAACGUCUUCGCUAACGACGGCAGCUUCCUGGAGCUCUUCAAGCGGAAGAUGGAGGCGGAGCAGCAGCGGGAGCGCGAAGCGGCGGCGGCGGCGGCCGCCGAGGCCCCCGGCGGCGCCGGGCCCGGCCCUCACCGCCCGUCCGACGGCUCGAAGAGGAGCGGCGGCGCCCUCAGCUUCGUGGGCAGGCGGCGAGGGGGGAACAAGCUGGCCCUGAAGACGGGAGUGGUGGCCAAGAAGCAAAAGACGGACGAGGAGGUUUUGACGAGUAAAGGCGACGCCUGGGCCAAGUACAUGGCGGAGGUGAAGAAGUACAAGGCUCAUCAGUGCAGCGACGACGACAAAACCCGACCCCUGGUGAAAUAAGUGCCCGGACUCGCCCCUGUAAAUACUUAUUUAAGGGCGGGGGAGGCGCCGCCGGCCCCCACCCCCAUUUUAUAUCUAUCGAUUACCCAUCGCUGGGGGGGCCCGACGCUCCCCCCGGCGCCCGCUGGCAACCAGGACUCGAUGCCGGGUGGCCACAAGCCACCGUUGCUCUCCAGGCCCUGCCGUCGCUCCCCCUGCCCCUUUUCCCUACAUGCUCCCCCCCCAAUCCCCGGGUAGGGGGGCUGGUUUUGGGGUAGAAAGCUGAGAAAUGGGGAGGGGAGAGGCGGG